AUGGGUGACUGUCUGGCCUCAGAGCUAUCUUUCCUGCUUGAGCCCAGUGAUGUGAUUGCAGUAAGGGAUCGCCCGCUCAUGCUGGACUGUCGGGUGCAGGGUGAGGAACCGAUCAUGGUUACGUGGCGUAAAAACGGGGUGCCUUUACCCACCAGCCUGCGGGUUCGGGUGCUGGCUAAUGGCACGCUGCUCAUCGAGAGCUUCCAGAAACGCAGAGAGGGGAGUGAUGCGGAUAUGGGCGAGUACGACUGUGCUGCCCAAAAUCGCUAUGGCAUGCUGGUCAGCCGCAAGGCCAAAGUCCAUUUGGCAUCUCUUCCUAAGUUCCACACCCAUCCGGUUUCCAUGUCUGUGGAUGAGGGGGGUGUCGCUCGUUUCCAGUGUCAGAUCAAUGGAGUACCUGAGGCCAACAUCACGUGGGAGAGAGACAGAGUACCCCUCAACACCACUGACAUCAGGUACAUCCUCCUGCCAAUGGGUAUUCUCCAGGUGACAGGUGUGAGGCAGGCAGACGCUGGGGUUUUCCGAUGUGUCGCCACCAACCCAGCCAACACUCGCUACAGCCAUGAGGCCAUGCUCAACGUCACUGGUGGAGCUCCUAGAAUCUACAAGGAACCGGUCAUCCUGUCAGGACCCCAGAAUCUGACCAUCAGUGUCCAUCAGACGGCCAUCUUGGAGUGCAUCGCCACAGGAAACCCAAGGCCCAUUGUUUCCUGGAGCAGGCUAGACGGACGCUCCAUUGGGGUGGAGGGUAUCCAGGUUCUAGGGACGGGGAACCUGAUGAUCUCAGAUGUUUCCCUGCAGCACUCUGGCGUGUAUGUGUGUGCUGCCAAUCGGCCCGGCACCAGAAUGAGACGUACUGCACUUGGACGACUUGUUGUACAAGCUCCUCCAGAGUUCCUGCAGUGGCCACAGUCUGUUUCCAAACCAGCAGGGGGAAGCGCUGUGUUCACCUGUGUGGCCCAGGGUGUCCCGGAGCCUCACCUCAUCUGGCUAAAGAACGGCAAGGUCCUGAUGCCAGGACACAACAUCAAGCUGACCAACAACAACAGCACUCUAGCUCUGACCCGUAUCAGCUCAGAGGAUGAGGCCAUCUAUCAGUGCAUUGCCGAGAACAGUGCCGGGACCAACCAGGCCAGCGCCCGUCUGGCUGUUGCCCAGGCGAAAGACCUGCCUACCGCCCCCCGAGGCCUCACAGCCAGCGUCCUGACCACCAACGCCCUGCAGAUCACAUGGAGCCAGCCGCCCUCCAACGUCACUGACAGCAUCAUCGGAUACGUCCUGCACAUCCGAAAGAUAGGAGAGCCUGACAGUCUGGAGCUGCAGGAAGCCAUCAGUAGAGGCACCUUCCAGCAUGAUUUGACCAACCUGGAACCAGCCACCACCUACUCCCUCUACCUGAAGGCCUACUCUCCUCUGGGAGCCAGCCAGCAGUCCCGCACUGUGGUGGCUACAACACUAGGUGGCGUGCCAACCCCUCCCACCUUCUUCACCAAGGUGGUGAAUUCCAGUGCUGUGCAGGUCCUGUUGGAGCUCCCCAGUAAGGCUGGCAAGGCUGAGGGCCUCAGGCUGUUCUACCGCAAGAUCCCCCACACUGACUUCCAGGGACCUAUCCAGCUGCCCUUUCACAUCAAUGCCCAUACUAUCUAUAACAUGGAAUCGGGUGCUGUGUAUGAAGUCAAACUGGUGGCCUACAAUGGAAACGGGGAGAGUGACUGCUCCAAGAGACUGGUGUCACUGGCAGAGGAAGGCCUGAGUGACCAAAGCACUGGAGUGAACAAUCUGUGUCAGUGCAGGGAUGGAGAGGCCUCUCUUGGCAGCAUCGUCAUUGGCAUCCAUAUAGGCACUGCCUGCAUCAUCUUCUGUGUUCUGUUCCUCAUGUUUGGAUACCGUCGCAGUCUUUUUUGCAGUAAGGGGACCCAGGACAGCUGGUCUGUACCAAGAGACAACGCAGGACACAUUGACAAGUCUAAAGAUGGAGCAAACUGCCCCAGAGUGGAGACACUGCCUCAGGUGGUCUGUCCAGUGCAGUGCCAGGUCAUCAUUGAGCAGCAGUCAUCAGGUUUGCCUGGCAUGGGCACUGCCUAA